AUGGUAAUGGAAUACGUAGGAGGCGAGGAAUAUCCCUCUUCUUCAGUAACAUUCAUUUUUUCUGAUGUUACUCACACUCUAGCAAACCCUGUCAGGUUCACUCUCAAUCAAGAUCCAAGGGUAUCUUCUUGUGCGUACACUAUUCCCACACCUGAUGAAGAUCCUCAAUAUGAUCCUCCACGAGAUCCUCCACUAAAUUUUAGGGUUCAGACAACUGGUGAUGAUGCUCGUGAUGUAUUCAAAGAUGCAGUACAAGAAUUGUUGCUCAUGUGCAAACAUGUGAGAAGCACCUUUGAUCAAUCUGUUGCAGACUUCAAGAACUCUCCCCCCUCUUUCCCCUCCUCCUCCUCCUCUUCCUCCAACUCAUAA